AGCGUGGAGGGGGCUCCCCAGCCCACCGAGAACAGCUUCACCCCCAAGUGCGAAAUCACGGGCAAAGACGCCCUCUCGGCGCUGGCCCGGGCCAGCAGCAAGCAGUGCCAACAGGAGAUCGCCAACGUGGUGUGUCUGCACCGGGCCGGCAGCCUCAUGCCCCAGUCUGUGCCUCGCCACUGCCAGCUCUCAGGCAAGGUCAGCCCCGUCAUCCAGUGGGACGAGAGCCGGAUGCAGCAGGCACCCCCCAGCGACAAAAACGCCUACAUGCUGGUUGUGCACGGCAGGGCCAUUCGCCAGCUGAAGCGCCUCAUCAAGGCUGUGUACCACCAGCAGCACUUCUUCUACAUCCACGUCGACAAGCGCUCCAACUACCUCCAUCGCGAGGCGGUGGAGCUGGCCCGGCACUACCCCAACAUCCGCGUGACGCCCUGGCGCAUGGUGACCAUCUGGGGGGGUGCCAGCCUGCUGAAGAUGUACCUGCGUAGCAUGAAGGACCUGCUGGAACUGGCCGAGUGGCCCUGGGACUUUUUCAUCAACCUGAGCGCCACCGACUACCCCACGAGGACCAAUGAGGAGCUGGUGAUGUUCCUGUCCAAAUACCGAGAUAAGAACUUCCUGAAGUCUCAUGGCCGAGACAAUGCCAGGUUUAUCAAGAAGCAGGGCCUGGACCGCCUGUUCCACGAGUGUGACUCCCACAUGUGGCGGCUGGGCGAGCGCCACAUCCCCGAGGGCAUUGUGGUAGACGGGGGCUCUGACUGGUUCUCACUGACGCGCAGCUUCGUGGAAUACGUGGUCUACGCCGACGACCAGCUGGUGUCCCAGCUGCGCCAGUUCUACACCUACACGCUCCUGCCAGCCGAGUCCUUCUUCCACACAGUCCUGGAGAACAGUCACGCCUGUGAGACGCUGGUCGAUAACAACCUCCGAGUGACCAACUGGAACCGGAAGCUGGGCUGUAAGUGCCAAUAUAAACACAUAGUCGACUGGUGUGGGUGCUCCCCAAAUGACUUCAAACCCCAGGACUUCCUCCGGCUACAGCAACUCUCCAGACCCACCUUCUUUGCCCGCAAGUUUGAGUCAACGGUGAAUCAGGAGGUGCUAGAGAUCCUGGACACACACCUGUACGGCAGCUACCCCCCCAACACACCGGCCCUGAAGGCGUACUGGGAGAACGUCUACGACCGAGUCGACGGGCUCAGCGGCCUCAGUGAUGUCACCCUCACCUUCUACACGUCCUUCUCCAGGCUGGGGCUCCAGAAAGCUGCGGCCACACCGGCAGCGAAGGCCGACAAGCUCUGCAGAUUUGAGCCCCGGGGCUUCCCAUCCAGCGUGCACUUAUAUUUCUAUGACGACCGUUUCCAGGGUUACCUGGUGAUGCAGGAAGUGCAGAAUUCCGCAACUGGGCAGGCGGAGUCCCUGGAGGUGUGGAUGAUGCCCCAAGGAGCUCUGAAGCUAGCGGGUCACGGAGGGCAGGCAAACCGCUUACAAAACCUUGAGGUGGGCACAGAGUGGGAUCCCAAGGAAAGGCUCUUCCGCAAUUUUGGAGGCUUGAUGGGGCCUUUUGACGAGCCGGUGGCCAUGCAGAAGUGGUCGCGGGGCCCCAACCUCACAGCAACGGUGGUGUGGAUCGACCCCACCUAUGUCAUUGCCACCUCCUACGACAUCACGGUGGAUGCUGAGGCAGAGUUCACCCAGUACAAGCCCCCCCUCAAUCGGCCCCUGCGCCCCGGUGUCUGGACCAUCCGCCUCCUCCAGUUUUGGGAGCCCCUGGGGGAGAACCAGUUCCUGGUGGUGCCCCAGACCUUCAACCACAAGCAG